AGAUUGAUUCGUGGAAAUUGGCAGUGUAUCAACACUGAUAAAUUACCAGUACAUGAGCUAUUUGUUAGAUAUUUAAAAUAUCGUAUUGGAAGAAAUGCGGUAAUUCGCAAUCUAAUCUCUCUCGUCUGGGUGUCCAUGCCUUGCCAGGAUCCCUGACGGCUUCUCGCUAAUUCCUGCCAAAAGUAUCAGUGGAUUUCUUGCUUUUAAUCUCCCAUGAUGCCUUAUUCGAUUAUUGUCAAUGUUCGCCAUCCCGGACCGGCUGUUAAACUCUUUAGUUUUAAACUGAGGCGCUCAGUUGAGCCUCGACAGCAGCAGAGAAAUAAAAGGAGAGUGAAAAUUGCCUCCUACAAGUGCAAAGGGCUCAAUACUGAGGUACUAAAGUGUUCUUUAAUCGUUGCUUUUAUUCUUCGUGAAAUGGCACAAUGACGGCAAAAGUGAGGAAGCUUAGAAUAUGGGACAUGCAAAUGGUUACUGCUGACAUGAGAUCUGUGGUUGCGAUGCCUACCAGCCGCGUGGGUUUACUGAUUUUUGUCUGUUAUACAGCACUGUGGUGUAUAGGAGAGACACUCAUAAACAGCUCUUCUACUCAAGACAAAGAAGUAAGAGUCCAUUCGGAAAACAUUACACGUAUUCUCGAUAGACUUCUCGAUGGAUAUGAUAACAGGCUACGACCCGGUUUUGGAGGUCCGGUCACUGAAGUGAAAACUGACAUAUACGUGACAAGUUUCGGUCCUGUAUCUGACGUGGAUAUGGAAUAUACCAUGGAUGUCUUUUUCCGUCAAACUUGGAUUGAUAAGAGGCUAAAAUUUGAUGGACCCAUUGAAAUACUUAGAUUGAAUAACUUAAUGGUUAACAAAAUUUGGACUCCAGACACUUUCUUCAGAAAUGGAAAAAUGUCCAUUGCUCACAAUAUGACGACUCCCAACAAGCUUUUCAGAAUCAUGCAAAAUGGCACUAUUCUUUACACCAUGAGACUCACCAUAAAUGCAGCAUGUCCUAUGAGACUUGUGAACUUCCCAAUGGAUGGGCAUGCGUGUCCUUUGAAGUUUGGCAGCUAUGCCUAUCCUAGAAGUGAAAUAAUUUACACAUGGAAGAAGGGCCCUUCGUAUUCUGUAGAAGUACCAGAUGAAUCUUCCAGUCUGCUGCAGUAUGAUCUUGUAGGCCAAACAGUAUCCAGUGAAACCAUGAAAUCCAACACAGGCGAAUACAUAGUGAUGACAGUGUAUUUUCACUUAAAAAGGAAGAUGGGAUAUUUUAUGAUUCAGACUUACAUUCCUUGCAUUAUGACUGUAAUUCUCUCUCAAGUAUCUUUCUGGAUUAAUAAGGAGUCCGUCCCUGCUAGAACAGUAUUUGGUGAAUACUCCAUACAAAUAGUCUAUUUUUUCCUACAAAGAAAAUUAGGCUAUUAUCUCACUCAGACUUACAUCCCAUGCAUCAUGACUGUAGUUUUGUCUCAAGUUGUGUUCUGGAUAAACAAAGAAUCUGUCCCUGCUCGUACUGUGGCGGGUAUUACUACAGUUUUAACCAUGACUACCCUAAGUAUCAGCGCACGCCACUCACUACCAAAAGUGUCCUAUGCUACUGCUAUGGAUUGGUUCAUAGCUGUUUGUUUCGCUUUUGUCUUUUCUGCACUCAUCGAAUUUGCAGCUGUAAACUAUUUCACAAAUUUUCAGGCUCAAAAAGCCCUCAAGAAAGCAACACAAACAACAGCAUUAUUAUCAACAGUAACGGGAGUGCCUGAAUCAGAGGAGAUAGUAUCGCAUUCUGAUUCCAAUUCCAACUUAAAGAAAAGAUUUAACUCCAUGGCACCUCAGAAAGAGUCAGCAGCCAAUGUAGAACCAGAUCCUAACAGCAAUGUCGCACCAGUUUCAUAUUCUGCUCCUGGUCUACCUCCAUCUGCUCAACCACAAUCUCAUACUGGCACCAGCAAGAUAGACCAGUAUGCCAGGAUCCUUUUCCCGUUAUCAUUUGGAGCUUUUAAUCUGGUGUAUUGGAUUGUAUACCUUUCAAAAGACACCAUGGAAAUGGGAAGUAAUAUAUAACUUGCCAUGUCAUAUGUUACAUGUGUGUGCAACCAAACAAUAUUGCAAUAUCAUGCAUACAAAAAUAAUAGAUAUAUUGAUUUUCUUACAAAAUAUAUGCACAGUACACAGUUAAAUGAAAACAUAAUUUCUUGGGGGCAAAAUAUGUUACAGUGUUGAAAUACUGUUUUACAUAUAAUUUCUUUAUAAUACAUAACAAUUGAAAAUAUCCACUGAAGAAAGUUAGGAAUAACACAGAAUUACAACAGUUUAAUUUGAUGUAAACUGGACAAUUUCUCUUUGAAGAACUGAAUUUAGUGGACUGAUUCUGCUUUUCAUAUUUUGCACUCCUGUCCUUGUCAAAUAUUUUAUGACCUUAACAUGUUAUUGAAUAUAAUAUCAAGGCUGGUUUUGAUUUGACUCUUGUAAACCGGGAAAUACUGUGGGGUGUGUGUUGGAAUCUUGUAACAUAUUGUUAACUUUCUUGAGUUCAGUCCUGAAAAUAUUUUGGAGAAGAUUUAUUUUGUGUGGUCAUUGUGGUUUGAAGUAAAACACUGCAAUAUAUAAUAAGUUUAUUUUUAUUGAAUGAUUUCUUUGUUCACACCGUUAAUUUGAUUUUAAAAAAAUUGUGUAAAAUAUAUAUUUUUAGAAAACAGGGAUCAAAAUAUUUCAUUGCAGAAAUGUCACCUCAAAAGUCCAACCUUGAAGAUGGAAUGAUGGUUAAAUGAGAGAUUAGGAUUUAUUUAUGAAAAACAGGUGUAGAUGAAGCACACUCAAUGUUUAGAUAUAUCUAAUGUUUUUUUAAAAAGUAUCCUUGCUUACAUAAUAAAUAUUGAUAACAUCAUUGAGAUGACUAGAAGGCUAGAGUGAACUUGACAGUUUAUCAGAAUUUCUUGUAAUUUACUGGAUUAAUUACCAACCAUUUUUUCAGGUUUUUUUAUGCAGUGAAUGUCGUAAUUUUUCCUUGAUUCAUAGCUGCAGUACUACCUUUUUCUUGUGAGAUAAACAGAUCCAAGCUCGUAAAUGAUCAGUAAUAUAGACUGUUACUUUUGAUUAAUUCUUGGAAUUUUGCUCAAAUAUCUUCAGGAUUUUAUUUUCUUGCACUUGUACCAUUAAUUACUCAUGACCCUCCAGAAAUCGAAAAAGAUGGAGUCACCCUAUAUCGAUUGUGACUGAAUCGUCAAGAAAUGAACUGCGUUAGAAUUAGUUUUCUUUUCACAUUAUUCUCUUUCUGAAUUACUUGCAGAGUAAUAUAUUUUUCUUUACAGUUGACACAAAUUAGAAAAUAGUGAACUUUCAGCUUAUUUUAUUUCUCAUCAUUUUGUGCUUCUGCUGAAGAACAAGCUCAUUCUUGAUAUUAUGUAACGAUCAGUUUAAGUGUCUUCCUUACGGAUUUUUGACUCCAGGCUUGAUAUUCAAUGGAUGUAGUGGUGAGCACCAAUAAACGUACUGUCUUCCCUGAAUCGUUAUAGAAGAUUAGAAAUGUCUGCCAUUAGGGCUUUGAAAUAUUAGAUUCUUGAGAGUUACUAUCAGUUAAGGACACUUGCAUGGAAUAUAAGGAAGUUGCAGUGCAAGAAUACAAAUCCAAUCGAGUAAACUUAACUUUUGUGCUCCUGAGAUGCUGCUCGGCCUGCUGUGCUCAUCCAGCUUCACACUUUAUUAUCUUGAGUAAACUUAACUUCACAGCUUUAAAUUAUGAAAAUAAGUAUGCAACAAUGAUCCAGGAAUCCAUUACAAAUUCAUCACCUAUUGGAAACAUUCUUUUACAAUUCAUUUUGCACAAUUUCAUAACCAUGAAACCCUCUAUAAGAUCACCCCUAUGUUUCAGUAGAAAAGGGUCUGAUUUUAAGCCAUCUUUACGACUGUGGCCUUUUAUUUCUGUAUUAUUCUAGUGAAUUUUCACUGUUUUCUUUCUACAUAUCCAGUAAACAUCUUACAAUAGAGCUCUGAGAACUAGAACUGUAUUCCAAUUUUGGGUUGACCAAGGUCGUGUAUAAACUUAGCACUAUAUAUGUGCAAUAUUAUGCAUUCAUUUCUGUAAGGAUUAAGUGUUUUAAAAUAAUCAAUUCAGAUAACACUCUCCAAUGGAGUUAAUAGAUUGUCAGUGAGGGAGAACUGUACUGACAUGCUAAGAAUUAAAAUUACAAGAUUCUCAAAGAACCUUAGGUUAAAGAUUAUACAAAUAACAACUUACUUCUGAUAGACUGUUGCCCUGAUGGCAGCACCUUCUGACCAGUUCCAACAUCAUUUUCUAAGGGGAUAACUGUCUGUACUGCUAUGUUUAUAUCAAACAAUUCUAUAGCUCUGUUGUGAAAAGUUUCAUAAGUCUCAUUUUCUCUUCAUGUAAGGAUAUAUUUUUAUUCAACAAAAUGAAAAUACAACUCACCAUGUUCAAUUAAUUUUGAAAACUAUUUGCCACUUUUUCUAAUGUAAUAAACUGAUGUCUUCAAGAUAAUUGAGAUUUUCUCAACAAUAUGUUGUGGUAGCAAAAUGCCUUUUAUUUGGCAGAUGCAGCAAUAAAGUCACUGGAUUUCAUUGAUUAAUAAGAAGUAAAAGUAAGUCAAGUAAAUACCCCAAAACAACAAAACCAAUAUGAUGAAAUAACAACCAAAAGAACUGCGGAUGCUGUAAAUCAGGAGCAAAAACAAACUUGCUGGAAAAGCAGCAGGCCUGGCAGCAUCUGUG